CUCCGUACUCCGAAGGGUGCAGCCCCUGAAUUGAGACACGGCCACAUGUUCUUGAAUAAAAAUAGAUCGCUCAGUUAUCGACUUAUUGAGUCUAGAUAACAGAACGUUUUUUUGACUGAUCUGGUCUUAACAGAGGCGGAAGCUCCCCUAAACACUUGCUGAGUUGAACUGAGCGUGAGCAGCAGCCUGACACACACCGAGCUAACUAACCGCUCCUAGUAGCCUGACACACAUCAAGCUAACUAACCGCUCCUAGCAGCCUUUCUACACAGCGGGCAGUCCGAAAACCGGAAAUGUCUGUGCUCACCGUCCGCCUGGUCAGGUCCUUCGAGCACAGGAACUUCAGACCAGUGGUGUUCCACUCUGUCAACCUGGAGAACACGGUACUGGACUUCAUGCAGCUCGUGAGAGACGACAUAGCAACAAGGCCGGGGCUCCCUCCACCUUUUAGGAAAUACGCUUAUGACACGAUGAAGAUUAUCCACCAAGCACAUGGAGCAAAGGUAUCUAGGAGAUAUUGUCACGUUGAAAAAACAUGUGUGUCUGAAGAUAAAUAGUCCUAAACAGAGACGUGCACAGACA